AUCCCUAUCGCGCUGGGGCGCGCAUACUCUUUGCUUCUGCCCUUCCCUCCUCCUCCGCCUCCGACAAGUUCCCCACCUUCAUCGCCGUCGACCCGCUCUAAUGGAGGCGGAGCAGCAGAAGCCGCAGCGCCCGCGGCGCAAGGCGCAGAAGCGCAGGAUUGACGACGAGGCCGCCGCCUCGGCCGCCGCCGCCGCCGCCGCCGUCUUGUCGCCGCUCGGCAGCGCCGAUGCCGACGACGACAACGAGGACGACGAGGGCUCCGUCGGCCCCGAGAUCUGCUGCCGCCAGUCCCAGGUGGCGGUCGCCCGCGAGGUCCGCACGCAGGUCGACGCCCUCCACCACUGCUUCUCCUGGCGCCACGCCGACCGCGCCACCGCUAAGCGCGCCACCAGCGUCCUCGCGGAGCUCGCGAAAAACGAGGAGAUGGUGAACGUAAUCGUAGAGGGCGGCGCCGUGCCGGCGUUGGUGUGCCACCUGAAGGUGCCCCAUAUGGCGGCGGCGGUGGAGGAGGAGCAGCAGCCGCGGCCGUUCGAGCACGAGGUCGAGAAGGGGGCUGCCUUCGCUCUCGGGCUCCUAGCUGUAAAGCCUGAACAUCAACAACUUAUAGUUGAUGCUGGUGCCCUACCCCUGCUGGUGAGUCUCCUAAGAAGGCAUAAAAAUGCUACAAAUUCGAGGGCAGUUAACAGCCUUAUCAGAAGAGCAGCUGAUGCAAUUACCAACCUUGCUCAUGAGAAUAGCAACAUCAAAACUUGUAUCAGAAUUGAAGGCGGAAUCCCACCUCUCGUUGAAUUGCUAGAAUCACAGGAUAUUAAGGUGCAGAGGGCAGCUGCAGGGGCCUUGAGGACUUUGGCGUUUAAAAAUGAUGAAAACAAAACCCUGAUCGUUGAUUGCAAUGCAUUGCCAACAUUAAUCUUAAUGCUGCGGUCAGAGGAUGCUGCAAUUCACUAUGAAGCAGUUGGUGUCAUUGGAAAUUUGGUCCAUUCAUCCCCAAAUAUCAAGAAAGAGGUUCUUAAUGCGGGGGCCUUGCAACCUGUAAUUGGGCUAUUAAGUUCCUGCUGUACGGAAAGCCAAAGAGAAGCUGCUUUGUUGCUAGGGCAGUUUGCUUCGGCCGACUCUGAGUGCAAGGUCCAUAUUGUGCAACGGGGGGCAGUCCGACCACUAAUUGACAUGCUACAGUCAGCUGAUUUCCAACUCAGGGAGAUGUCAGCCUUUGCCCUUGGGAGGCUUGCACAGGAUACACAUAACCAAGCAGGUAUUGCAUACAAUGGUGGCUUGUUACCUUUACUAAAGCUUCUCGACUCAAAAAAUGGUUCUCUGCAACAUAAUGCUGCGUUUGCUCUUUAUGGAGUUGCCGACAAUGAGGAUUAUGUCUCUGACUUCGUUAAAGUAGGAGGUGUCCAAAAGUUGCAGGAUGGCGAAUUUAUUGUCCAGGCUACAAAGGACUGUGUAGCUAAGACAUUGAAGAGGCUGGAGGAGAAGAUAAAUGGACGAGUAUUAAAACACUUGGUUUAUCUCAUGAGAGUAGGAGAAAAGUCUGUGCAGAGGCGUGUUGCUCUGGCUCUUGCACACCUCUGUGCCCCUGAAGAUCAGCGAACAAUUUUUAUUGAUAAUAAUGGUCUCGACUUGCUUCUUGAUCUUCUGGUUUCGGGCAGCUCGAAACAUCAACAGGAUGGUUCGGUAGCACUAUACAAAUUAGCCAACAAAGCUGCAGCACUCUCUCCGAUGGAUGCUGCACCUCCAUCUCCAACGCCACAGGUUUAUCUUGGGGAGCAAUAUGUGAACAGUUCGACACUUUCAGAUGUCACCUUCUUGGUGGAAGGAAAACGCUUUUAUGCACACAGAAUUGCUCUGCUUGCUUCUUCAGAUGCAUUCCGUGCAAUGUUUGAUGGUGGAUACAGGGAAAAGGAUGCAAGAGACAUAGAAAUUCCAAAUAUCAGGUGGGAUGUGUUUGAACUCAUGAUGAGAUUUAUCUAUACAGGGUCAGUCGAAGUAACCAAUGAGCUUGCUCAAGAUCUUCUUAGAGCUGCAGAUCAGUAUCUGUUAGAAGGCCUCAAACGCCUAUGUGAAUAUACAAUUGCGCAGGAUGUUAAUUUAGACAACGUCUCUGAUAUGUAUGACUUAUCCGAAGCCUUUCAUGCCAUGUCACUGAGACAUACAUGCGUCUUGUUUAUUUUGGAGCAGUUUGAUAAGAUCUGCACCAGACCCGGUUUCUCUCAGCUAAUCCAGCGCGUCAUCCCUGAGCUCCGCAACUUCUUCGCUAAGGCACUAAGGCCAGGCCACCGGAGUGCGCAACCAUGAGCCCUGCCCACAUUCGUUGAUAACACCGCCGCCAUCUGACAGAUGCUGCUGGAAAUCUUGUACAGCUGAAGUUUCUGGUUCUGGGCAUUGGGUACUCACUCGGUGGUAAGGUUAACUAUUCAAUCUAUUAUGGUUUGCAUGAUGGCCAGGUCCUCAAUCGACACCCAGCAAGAAUGUAACAUCUCCUAUUCGAUUGAACAAUGGUGAUCAUGCUAAGGGAAGUGUAUGGUUAUAGAGAGACAUGUGGUUUGCCUAGAUGCAGUCAGACCGGCCUAGUCUGUGAUAGGAUUAGUUGGUUGGCCUUGACCGGAUUUGUCGGGUCUCGCCGUAGUUACUGAGUUACUUAGGGUCACUUCCAGUUCGCAGUUCCGAUUAUGUCCGUGUAUGUUGUUUGGAGAUGUUAAGCUCGAGCGGUGUAAUGCUGUAGCAUCAAUCUGUGUUCUCCAUGUUAACAACCGUGCUGAUGUUCAAGACUAGUGUUCAGAACUCGUGGGCUGUUUCAUACCAAAUUCCCAUAUAUAGCCUUUGCUCA